CUUACACCUACGCAAGCAAGCCAUGGAUGAAAUAAUGGUUUAUGACACCCGGGAGGCCAGAGUCAACCCCAUCGGACUCCAACUAUCCUCGAACGUGGAAGAAAUCCUAACCCACCGAACGCAUCGCCACUUUGCCGCAAAAUGGGCAAAAAACCUCCGAUUCCUCACGUUCGAUGAUGGAAGCGACGCCUCUGCGCCUGACGAGCCCGAGAUCUCUGCGAAAGGGCAAUGCACUCGAUGCACACAGCAGCUACGACCCCAGGCCGGGCAUAUCUGCGCUGCACACGACUUACGCAAGAAAACGCCCGACGUAAGAGCCCGGGAACAGAAGCUGAAAGAGUUCGCUGAUCCGUGCAUCCACAUCGAGGAAGCAUCCUGUGAUGACUGCCGCCGCAUACCCCUGUUCCCCACCAGUGGAAAAGUAACCCGUUUCCGCAUACGAAGACUCCGACCCCGUCAUACAAAACCGUCAGAGCUUUCUCAUUGCUCGCACUUCGUCGCCGUUUCGUAUUGCUGGUCAAGCCCGAAGGCAUUUGGGACGGCUGGAACAGAGCCCAAUGAGCCGUACUACGUUGUAGAGGAAGACAUGACCCGCCGAGAGAUACGAGCGUCGAAAGAUACCAUUGACAGAGCGGUGGCGUUCGCUGCACAGAACGGAUACCGGAUGGUCUGGAUCGAUCAGGUAUGCUAUGAAGGACAACCGAAACUGUGGUAAGGGCGUAACUAGUAAGCAGGAAUGCAUCGAACAAGACAACCCGUAUGAGAAAGACCUGGCUAUCCAAGCCAUGGAUAUUGUCUAUCUCCAAGCCAGCGCCUCCAUAGGUCUGUUCCAGUCAGUAUUCGAACGGCGCCAUCUCGAAGCGCUGCUCCCAUUCUUCGAGUGGAAGUGCGGCUCUGAAUUUGUGCGCCGUGGUCCAGUACCGCUACAAACCUGUCUUACGUUACGGCUAGCGGAUCUUGCCGAUGCCUUAGCCUUGAUCGUAAACGACCGCUGGAACACCCGAGCUUGGAUCCUGCAAGAAGCAUUCGCAUCCAGCGGAAACAUGACUAUACUGUUUCCUCGUCCUCCU